UUCGAACCACUAUUCAAAAUGCCCCAAUCGGACGAGGAAGAUGAUUAUAUGAACAUGGUAUUCGAGGAUGCGCCCAAGGCUCCGAAGCACGAGACCUCAAUGCAACGCGCGGCGCGCAAACGCAAAGAAGCAGAAUCCAGGUCGAGACAGAAGACAAAAGCGGAGCGCGAAGCGGACGCGAUCGCAGCACGCGAAGAAGCUCUGGCAACGGCUCUCCCCGAGGACAACAAAGGGUUUAAGAUGAUGGCAAAGCUCGGCUUCAAACAAGGCGACUCGCUAGGUAAAUCAGAGGACGCAAGAAAAGAGCCCAUCAAGAUCGUCGUCAAGGAAGACAAAGGAGGUAUCGGGCUCGAAUCAGAUAAAAAGCGGAAAUUCCAAGAGACAUUCGAGGAGGCCAGACAGGCUGCCAAACGAGCAAAAGAAGAAGAGGGAGAUUUUCUCGAGGAGCGCAAGCAGCAACAAAAGGAAAGAAGUGCUGAAAAAGAUUUGGACAAUGCACAAAGGACGGCUGAGCGUCUGUUCGACAAGGAAGCCGAAGAAAAAGGGACACCCACUGCCGAAGACAUCCCCCUUCAGCGCAUUGACAUAUGCUGGCGAGGUCGCGUCCGAAGACGCAUUGAGAAGCAAGCAGAAAAGCAACAGAAACGCGAGCUCAACAACAGCUUAUCAUCGCGGCUUCCAACGCUUGCCCAUGAAGACGAGGACGAUGACCACGAUACAAAGACCGCUCUGGGUCAUGACAUCACGCCCUUCUACACAACCCUUGAGAAUGACUUUGGGCAUGACGAUCCAGAUCUUGCAGAGUUCGAAGCGCUUUCUGUGUUUGAGCGUCUGGAAAGAACACUUGUUUUUCUCAGAGACACAUAUAAGUAUUGCCUCUAUUGUGGUUAUCAGUAUCCGGACGCAGCUAUGGAUGGCUGCCCGGGUGUGACAGAAGGCGAUCAUGAUUGA